AAUUUUAAAUAUAUAUAUAUAUAUAAAUAACUGUUAGUCAUUGCCUUCCUUAGACAACCUGGUAAAAAGGGGAGUUACACAAGAAAUAACAUGCCCGAAUUGUCAUAUGGCUGAUGAAACCUUAAUGCAUCUUUUAUUUUACUGCCCUCAUGUGGAGCCAAUAUGGUUUGGUUCAACCUUGGGCCUUAAUCCUAGGCAACUGAGGGUGAACUGCUUUAGUGAAUGGUGGAAAUACAUCAAUGGUACUGCUAAGCAAAUGGGAAUACCAUCUAUGGUAGAACAUUGUGCUAUUAUAUGCUGGCAUAUAUGGAAGGCAAGAAAUGAGCAAUAUUUCGAACAUGUUGUCCUAAAUCCCCACCAAAUCCUUGUCCGUAUUUCUGCUAUGACCCAAGAAUGCUCCUCUCUCUUGAAUACACAUUUACUGGUUUCCCCUUCCAGAUCACGAGCUCAGGGCAAACAACAACAGCCAUCUUGGGUCAAACCUCUUAUGGGUUUCCUCAAAGUCAAUGUUGACACUUCUUACUCAUCCCAAACAGGAUCUGCAACUUUUGCCAUGGUAGCUCGCAACUUUAAAGGUGAAAUAUGUUUUGGCAAUUCAUGGCUCUCAGUAGCACUUUCACCAAUUAUGGCAGAGGCUGCCGCUCUAUACAAAGCUGUUCAAUAUGUGGAAAGCCUGGGAACUAACAAUGUAUUUUUUGAAUCAGACAAUCAGGCCUUAAUUGCUCACCUUUUGCAACCUGACAAACCUCUCCCAUGGGAGAUUAGUUUACUCAUUUUGUCCAUCAGACAAAUCACUCACCGCCACCGAGAUUUCUUGUUUUCAUAUGUACCAAGGAGGGGUAACAAGGUUGCUGAUUGGGUGGCAAAACAAUCACUUAAAGGGCAAUGCCCCUUUUUUUGGGCACAUAGGCCUCCCAAUGUAAUGCUUUCAUUACUGAUACAGGAUGGUCUCUGUAAAUAAUGUACAUUAUUCUGAAAUAUUAUAUAUAAUUACCUUUUCCUCAAAAAAAUAAUAAUAAUAAUAAUAACUGUUAGUUGACCCCGUUUACAAUUCUUGAGUUAAGAUAAAUUAAUAAUUACCAAGUAUCGCU